AUGACCCACAAAAAUAAAUUCAUUUUAAAUGCUUUCUUACUGACUGUUCUAUUUUGCUCGUUACAAACAGCAUUAUGUGACACAUGGAAGGAACAGGAAACAUUGAAGAAGAUAAAAGAUGACUACCAUUGGGUCAUUGGACCAGCCUCGCCCUGCUCUAGAACGUGUGGAAGAGGUACAAAACUGUCCUAUUUUGAAUGUUGGCACAAGUCGAAGAAUAUUUCGGUAUCGUCGGUGUUGUGCUCCAAUUAUCCGAAACCCGAACCGGCUGUGUCGAGAUGCUUCGAGAAACCAUGCCAUUAUUCCAGACCAGCUGACCAGGAACCUUGCAAUGUCUUCAAAUGUCCGUACUGGCAAGUUGGAUCGUGGUCAAGUUGCUCCGAAUCAUGUGGAUAUGGCUACAGAAGAAGAACAGUCGCCUGCGUUACGAUAGCUGACGCCGACCAUCUACCGUGCAUUGAAGAUGGCAAACCACCUGCUAUGAAGUUGUGUCACAAGCACUGCGGCUCAGUUUUUGACAAACGAGAAGAUUCCAGUAGUAGCAGCAGUAGCAGCAGUAGCAGCAGUAGCAGCAAGGAUGUCGACGAAAACAUCAACAUCAUCGACUACAACCUGCACAGCAAGUACAAGAAACUACACAACAUCACCAAAAGGACUACAUGGACUUCUGAUUCUUCCGAUGGUUUCACCCCAACAAGUUUGUAUUACUCCGAUAGCAAGAGUGAAGUUGGCAACGAUGUCGGUCAGAAUAAAUCAACUGUCAAACAUGAAAUAUAUGAUGAGAAAGAUAAAAAUACUAACAUGAAUGAUGAAAACUCAAGCACCAGUUCGAAGACAACCUCCAAAACAACCACUACAACCGGUAAGAAACGCGAUGAAAGUAAAAAUACAUCGAUGGAGAAGUCGUUUGAUGGUAGCAUAGUAGACAAUCAUUCAACCAAACCAACAACUGAACUCCAAACAACGACAACAACAACAAACACACCAGAAUCUAAAAACUGGUGGAACUUAUGGGGUUCAUCUGAUGAAGAUGGAAAAGAUGAGGAAACUAACUUGGACACCACCUCCGCGAUAACAACUGAUUCAACUUUUGACGAGUUUUUCACAUUCAACGAUGGCAGUAGUAAAGACGAAAACGCGGAAGAAAAAAAUGAUAAAACAACGAAAUCAUCGCUUGCCUGUGGAUUUUUUGACGAUUGUGAAACGGAUGACGUUGUGGAUACAACUGCAGACAAACAAACAACAACAGACUCCAGUGAUCGAGUUACUCUUAACUGUGACUUCUGGGGAAAUUGCUUCACAGAGCCAACCAAUCCUGUCACCGAACCUCCAACAGUCAAGGAAAAAAUUGAAAGCGAAGACAAAAAUUUCUACGUUUUUGGUUCGGAUGAAAUUUUCACCACACACGCUUUGAAGUGGAAUAUCGAUAAUAAUGAUAAAACAGACAACGAAACCAUUCCGUUGAAAUUUCCCAAUGAGAAUCUAUGGAACAACCGAGACGUAGAAACUAAUUCAGUCAAAAAAAGUACCUGGUCCAGUGGCGAUGAUGACAAACGUAACGAUGAAGUUGGAAAGAAUAGGAAUGGUGAGGAGAUUGUUGGCGGCGAUGAGUCGGAAGAUGAUGCGUGGGGCUGGUUCAAACCGAAGAAAACAACUUCCAACAAAUUGACAACGACUACUGAUGACGGCAUUUUUCCAACUCCACUCAUUCCAACAGCUAAUGUUUUUAUACCACCAUCAUCAACAUCAACAACAACUACUACAACGACAUUAUCAACAGAAAGAUCAACGUCAACAACAACAACAACUUCAACUACAACAUCAUCACACACAACAACAACAUCCUCGACAACAACUACAACUACAAAAUCUUCAACAACAAGAGCGUCAACAACGACCACAUCGUCAUCACCAAUAUUGCUUUUAACAUUGCUAUCAUCGUCACCAUCUCCGGGUAUCGAUGAAAGCCGUGGAAAAACAAAAGAUGACACCAAGCGUUUCUCAACCCAAUCGAUCAAUCCUGUCCAGGACGAUUCCAUCAUCAAAUCCUACAAAUUCAUCCUGCUGACCGGAUCCUACGACGUCACCCUGGUCAUCUCUCAAUUCGAAACUUACGUGUACCUACCUCUCAACUCCUCCAUCAAGUUAUCGUGCGACAACGAUCCGAGUUUAACCGGCGAUGAAUACUUGUGGCUCAAGAACAACAGGUUCAUCACCAAGAACUCAAGCAUUGAACUGAGGAAUGUCACUUUAGCAUACUCCGGCAUCUACUUAUGCCUUAGAGGAUCCAACGUCUACAAAGUUGCUCUCAUGAUCGAUCACACAUCGAAACUCCAGUCACGUACGGAACAGAAAACUGAUUCGAACGUUAGUGAUGGCGCUCACGCACCUGAAAAAACCAAAACCCACCUCAUAAGACCCGACCAAAGUUAUUUGAAGAAGCACAAAAUACAUUAUGACGUCAUGCACACGUCACGCAAAUCCGGUCAUCGUCAUCACCAGCAGCACCACUAUUCGAUGCACAACGAAAAGAUCGUGUGCAAGUUGGCAAGCAGCAAGUACCUCAUCUACCUGGACACUUAUUAUUGCCAGCUGAAAUACGCCAACAUUUCCGAGUUCAUCGACAACGCAGCCUUCCAAUGGACCGGCCGUCCAUGGAGUGAGUGUUCCACAGAAAAAUGUACAGCUCUUGGGAUCAGUUCUAAACGACGAACUGUCGAAUGUACUAAUAGGCGGAAUGAACGAGUGGAUGAUCAGAUGUGCAAGCAACUUGGAACGUUUGUCGCCAUUCCGAAAGCUGAAGAACUCUGCUUCCAAAAGUUUUGCUUUCCAAGAUGGGUUCCUACUUCUGCUUACUCGCAGUGCAAACGCAGAUGCGACUACAACGAGGUAGUGCAGAAAAACGUUUCGUGCGUGUGGAAGAAGGAGGAGCCGGAAGUGUUGGAUGAGUCCCUCUGUGCCGGGAAGCCAAAGUCCAACACCAUACGAUGCUCCAUGCUGUGUGGUGUGGCUGAAAGAGCUGCUCUGAAGAAAGCUGAGAAAGAGAAAAAGAAAUGCGUGGAUCGUGUUGGUACAUGUGAGUUGGUGACGAAAGUCAUGUGCAACCAGCAGUCGGUCAAGACGAAGUGUUGCAAGUCAUGCUCUGUCCUCUUGCAAUUUUAAUGAAUAUUCAAUUCGGAAAGUUUCUUCGAUAAAAAUUAAUAAGAAAUGAAUAUAUUUUUAUUUGAUUUUAUGUGAAUUUAGAAAUAAAUACCAAUCUUUGCAUACAUUUAGAGUGUAUUUUAACGUACGCACUUAUACAUUUCAAUUUGACUUGCAUUGGAUUAUGCCAUGUUUUAGGAACUUAGAUUAUUUCACCAUUUUCCUCUUGUUAUAUCGCAUGUUGUUCAGCUUAAAAGUGUAACACGCACACACAUACACAGACGCACACACAUUCACGCAAACAAACAAAUAUAACUCAAUAAAACAUACAUAUUUUGCGAAACCUUAACCAUACGAUUGUUGAACAUUGAAUUAGUUGUUUUUUAAUAAAAAAAGUUUCCAAAACUUUAUUUGGU